GCCGCUGCAGUCGGCGAGCCUGGCCAGUGAGAGCACACACGCGCAUCGUAAUUAAAGCGCGCGCUCCCCAACAGCCAGGACUUUGUUGUUUUCAUCGUCGCACUUGUUGUUGUUGCCGUGGUUAAACACAUUGGGCAGUUAUCGUCCUUGGCCCAUUCAGGGGGGGGGAAAAAAAAAAAAAAAAAAAAAAAAAAAAACAGUGCCAGGAUGAGGGAGCCGGACAAACCUGUGGAGGAUCCCCUGCACCGCCCUUCUUUGGACGGCAGCAGCAACAACAACAACAACAACAACAACAACAGCAACAACAACGGCACGUUCGACUGGACGAGCAUGAGCGGCCGGCAAAAGUCCUGGUACAUCCUGAGCAACAUAACGGUCGAGCCGAUGGUCGCGUUCUACAUAAUGCCGAGCGUACUCGCGUCCCUGGCCACCCAGAACCUCAACCUGGAGAAGGCGUGCAAGGUGAACCUCGGCUACCCGAGCGGCGUGUGCGACGCCCUGUCGGCCCGCAACGUGACCGCUAACCUCGAGGCCGAGGAGACGGCGGUGCAGCAGCUCGUGGCCGGCAUGCAGACGUGGAAGACGGCGGUGCAGAGCUUCUUUCCCUCGAUCCUGAUAGUGUUCGCCGGGGCGUGGAGCGACCGGAACGGGUUGCGCAAGCCGUGCAUGAUGCUGCCGAUCGUCGGGGAGUUCAUGACCAGUGUGAGCCUCAUCGCGUGCACUUACUGGUUCUACGAGCUGCCGAUGGAGGUGGCCGGGUUGUGCGAGGCCCUUUGGCCGGCCCUGACCGGGGGCUGGUUCACCAUGAUCAUGGGCACCUUCAGUUACAUCGGGGACGUGACGAGCGUCGAGUCGCGGACGGUGCGCGUCGGCGCGGCAAAUGCCUUUCUCAGUCUCGGGGUGCCGAUCGGUAUGGCCUUGUCGGGGGUUUUUUACAUCAAGCUCGGGUUUUAUGGGGUGUUCGGCAUAGCGGCCUGUUGCUACGUGUUCAGCUUCGUGUACGGCCUCGUGGUGAUCAAGGAGUCGCCGAGGGCCUUGGAGUUGAGGAAAAAGGCCAUGCAGAGCAGCGAACCGACCAAGGGGAGCAGGACCGGCUGUUGGGCCGGGCUUACCGAUUUCUUCGCCAUCAGGCACGUGCGAGAGACGUUCAGGGUGGCGUUUAGGGACGGCCCGAGGAACCGGAGGCGCAGGGUCAUGGUGCUCAUGUUCAUCGUCAUGGUCCUCAUUGGCCCCAUGUACGGUGAAAUGGCGGUGCUGUAUCUCUUCGCGAGGUAUCGCUUCCAAUGGAAUGAAGUGCAGUUCAGCGUCUUCUCGACUUACUGCAUGGUGACGAAUCUCUUGGGUACUCUCUUCGCGGUGGGCAUCUUCAGCCACGUGUUGAAAAUGGACGACGCCCUCCUCGGAGUACUCAGCUGUAUAAGCAAAAUCUUGGCAAGCUUCGUCUACGCCUUUGCUACCACGGAUCUUUUAAUGUAUAUUGCACCACUGCUCGAGAUACUGAACGGCGCGUCGUUCAUCGUCAUGCGCUCGAUAACCUCGAAACUGGUGACACCCGACGAGCUCGGCAAGGUGAACUCGCUGUUUGGAGUGUGCGAAGCCAUAGUGCCGCUGCUGUACGGGCCGACCUACAGCUUCAUCUACAGAGCUACGGUGCACAGUUUGCCCGGCACGUUUUUUCUCGUCGGCUCGGGCCUCAUGAUCCCCGGCGUCCUGGCCUUCCUGUGGCUGUAUUUCGAGCACAAGAAGGACGACGCGUUGGAUCGGGAGCAGCAGGCCAUGGCGGCCAAACUGAAGGACAAGCUCGAGCAGGAGAGCAGGUUGGAAAACGGUCUAACGCCGAACAAAGCGAGGAACGCCCCAACGUCCGAGCAACCGGUCGCCGGUAUCGUCAACGCGGCCUUUGAGUCCGAAAAACUGUGAUCGACCCUCUUCACCUUUUACCCUUCCUUUUGCGAACUAUGAGUUUUUGUAAAAGAAUACCAAAUAAGGGGGACCCUCCCCCCCCCAGCUCUUGCAAUCGCGUGUAAUUAAAGCUGGGGAGUGACCUGCGCGGUCAGGUGAGAUUGUACGCGCGUUGUAAAGUGGGGAAGUGACCUUCUCCGUAACGACUUUGACUCAAUGUUAUCUGUUAAAAAGUGAGAUGUCAAAUUUUAAUAUACACAUAUUGCAAAUCCCCAUGGAUUCGUGGGGUCGACCUGCUUUGAGAGUAGGAUUUUGUUAAUAUAUAUACACAUACAAUAUACCUACGUAUUAAAAAGAAAAAGAAAAAAUGCUAUGCAUUGAAGAAAAAAAAGAAAAAAAAUUGUUGAUUGACGUUAAAAUGAUACACAACAAGUGAUAAAUUAUACAUUAUAUGGAUGCCUCUACCUAUACACACAUUUGGCAACGAUAGGUGCACGUACGACUGUCCCUCCCCCCCCCCUUCGCACCCCUCACACCCCAAAAGUAUGAAAUAAUUUUUACGGAACAAUGUUUGUACAUUGAUAUAUUUCUUUUUUUUUUUUUUUUUUUUCUAUAAGUGCAAUAACAGAGUACGUAUCACGUGGCACAUAGUAUUAUGUUGUGAAUGAUGUUUAGGGACGUAUCAAGUAUUGAACAACUUCAUGUCUGAAACUUGCGUUAUGUAUAGGAAAUAAUUUUACGAAUGGUAGGAUUAAAUGGUGUAAACGGAUACUAGAUAUCCUUCGAGCGAUGAUGAUGGAGGACGAUUCCGAAUGUGAAAAAUAAUAGAGAUAUCAGAUGAUGUGCAUUGAAAAUAUUUUAUAUUUAACGCGACGAUUAGUUACAAAACCAAAAUUUUGUCAAAAAGACUUUUAUGUGUGCAACUCUUUGUGAAUGAAAAAAAAAAAUAUAGUAUUUUUAUGCGGUAAUCAUUCAAACUACGAAAACUACAACGUACAGCAUAAUGUCACGCGUCGCAAGACCCAAAAUUAAUCCUCUUUACAGUUGUAUUAUUAUUAUUAUUAUUAUUAUCAUUAUUAUUGUAAAUAGACAAGUGUACUUAAUUAAAUUUAUCGUACAAAUUGAGAUGUUCAAUCGAGAUGUCAACCACUACGCACUACUGAGUAGGCCUUACAUUGUAUAUAAAUAUAUAAAAAAAGGUUAUUUUAAGAUUUAACGCGUCAAAAGUGGCAGAAUCGUGAACAAUCGUGAGUAUUAUAUACGUUUAUAUAUACCUUCAAAGCCUUUUAAAUAACAUUAUCUCACGAAUGAUUCGCAAUUGUAUGAAUACGUGGACCGUAUAUAGUGCCCUUGGAGUGUUAACGAUAACGAUCUGAAAGCUAUCUUGCCGAGAAGGCCUAAUUUGUGGAAAAAUAAUAAAAUAUUUUUGAAAUCA